AUUCUAGGCAGAGAUACUGCAGCAGUCAGUAGUACACUUGCAGAAGGCUGUGGGGGUUCCGAGCGCACUUCGCUGUCUGUCCGUGGAGAAGAGGGCCGCAGAGACGCGUUGCUGACACAACAUGCCCUGCGUACGGGAAACACUUAGACGCAUCUGUGACGCCAUUCUCUCUGUGUUCGUGUGUGGCUACCACAGGUCCAGGCCGAGCUCAAGUGCAAGCAGUUCUGAUGAGGGCGCGCUCAUCGCGUCGGUCCCCGAGGCAAGCAGCAGCGCGAGGCUGUCGCCGCCUCCCGCGUGGCAACGCCGGCAUCACGCGCUGGAGCUGGAACUGGAGCUGCCUGAGGUGGCGGCGGCGCCGCUGCUACUGUGGGACGAGCCGGCGCCGUUACUCCAGCGCAGCCCCACGGAGGCCGAGCAGAGGCCGAAACCUCAGAGGAAACCGAUGCCCCGCUUAAGGCGCGUCUUAAAACGGAGAUAGCCUCUCUCCACGGCUUCCGUACUCAACACUGUUCCUAUUUAAAUUUUAAUGUAGCACUGAUCACCGUGUAGGACGCGGAACGCGCUGUUCCUGUGGAACAAGUGUCUCCCGUACGACUUAGUAUUUUUAACUCAAAUUGACCGUCAUACAGAGCAAGUCACUUGAAAUCGUGGACAAAGCUUAUAUUAUGUGAUAGUUUUUAGAGGGUAGUAACGAAUGUAUAGUUGCAUGGCGACUGUGAAACAACUAAAAGUUCUGUGUCUUAAGGUACGACGAUGUAAGAGUGUACAUAGCUUUCAUCCAUUUUAAUAAAACUAGUUUUUAACA